AUGGGGAACAAGGCAAGCCAUCAGUCAUCAGCUUCGGAUUCAGCGCUCAAUGUGCUUUUAUCUCGACCUACUUCAUUAGAUCAAGAAAUGUUUAAACUGCAUUUAACAGCACAUCAUGGCGUACCGAGUAAUGCUAAUGCUCUGGCAUUCUGUGGGUCGCUUGGGAUUUUAGCAGUCGGUACAGCAUCAGGGACCGUCAAAUUCUAUGGUACCGACGGACUCGAGGUUUUAACCGAGGGUCCUGAGUCCGUAUCCCACUUGGCUGUGGGUGUCACUCACCUUCAAUUCACGGCACACCAGCAUUUGGUCGUAGCUUACUCGGACAGCUCCAUACGUGUGUUUGAUUUAGCAUCCGGUACUAUACUCAGUUGUGUGUCGGACGCAUGGACAACGAGUAUAAUCACAAGUAUUGAGACUCUUAAGUAUACUGAUUCACCAUUCUUUUUUGUGGCAACGGACGACGGGGAAAUUCACGUUGUGCACGAAGCUACAGGUCGAGUCAGUACGUACGUCAUUCGACCUCAGGAUCUCUCAAUCUCGCAUUGCGAAGGCGUCACAGCUAUAGCAACGCAUCCAAAAGAUGCAAAUUUACUACUUAUUGCCUAUGAUACGUACCCUGCCGUGCUGUUGCGGGACUUUACAAAGCGUAGAGUCAUACGGGAGUUUACACUUUCGAUUAAGACGCAAAAAGAAGCAUGUCGAGAGUCGCAAAAUGAUGCGUCGGUUUGUAAUUCACCUCAAUGUUUGUCAUGGCAUUCAAGUGGCAAAAGAUUUGUAGCAGGAUAUAAGUAUGGCGGCAUUGCCGUCUUUCGUGUCGACAAAACCCAGGGUUUGUAUCGUGAGGUGUUAGGAUGUGCAGCAACGUGUGGUAAGUCGUUGGGGCAAAUCAAAUGGCUUUGUGCUCCUCCAACAUCAAAACAUGCUGCAUCAUCGGGUGCCAUAGUCUUUUCUCAAACAAGUGAUUCAAGUGGCUUAACUUUAAUUUACCCACCGACUGAUGGACGCAAUAGCGAAGAUUUAGCUGCCGAUCUGUACAAAGCUGACAAGUUGACGUGGCGUGUGGCAACAAUUGAGUCGAUUAAUCAAGCUUCAAUCAGAGCUUUUGAAGCUGCGAUAAACCACAUGGAUAGUAGUACGCAUGUAGCGCCAUUGUCGCUCAUUGUACUCUCUGGUAACCCAUUAGAUGGCUGUUUGCCAACUGUCAGUGUUCAGUGUCUGCCAUGUUUUAUUAAGCCCGGCGAAUGUAAAGAGGAGUGGGAGUGGCGCAUAAACCGACUGCCAGAAGCUGCCAUCAUUCCACCACUCUUGCAACUGAGUCCACUCACGACCUUCGCGGUUGUCAAUUUGUCGCAUGCCAACGACACAUUACAAAGUGAUCUCCAGUCGACCUUCGAUCAAGCAAAAUAUAGUGCAAUGUAUCGUGUGACAUCAAGUGGCGAGUUUGAGUGGCCACUAAGCGGUGGCAGUGUGCUAGAUCCAUUACCAAAUAGAUUUGUCACUGCAGAGAGCACAGGUAUUGAACCAAACAGUGUGUUGCUUCUAACAGGUCAUGCAAAUGGUUGUGUAUUGUUCUGGGAAACUCGAGUAGCACAAGAUCAGUCUAGCAAAGGUACACUUCGCUUGCUUCAUGUUGCAGAUGCAUCACUGCAUCGAUCUUGCUCGCCAGAGAGUACCGAGAUCACGUGUAUAAGCUUCUGUCCUGCCUCGCGUACGCUUGUAUUGGGAUUUACCUCUGGUGAAAUUACCAUUAUGGAUUUUAAGGCGCGUGAAUCAAGUCAACCUGAUUUCUCGUCUGGUGCGCUCAAAGAGCAGAAUGCGUCGACGUCCACGGGUGAAACAAUGUCACAAAUGCAACGAAAAGAUGCAAUGGGCUUCAUUCCAUGCUUUUCGCUUCAUAUUCACACCGAACCGGUGACAAAGCUGGUCUUAUCAUCAUUUUACGGAUACGUGGCCGUUGCAGAUGCAGUAGGAACGACGUCACUUAUCGACACUAAAACGCAACAGUUUCAAGUGUUGGUAAGUAAUUCUUUACGACACAACGACGAAUCCGUGACGGUGGACUCUUUGCUUAUGAGUGAGUUAGUGCAAACUACUGAGAUCCCUGGCAGCGAAUUUUCGACAAUCUUAGGGCCUGACAGUAACGCAAGUAAUGGCAAAGGAUUGUUCGGCAUGGCAAGCCAUAGUGAGAACAUGAAUUCCCCGAUCAUGAUGCAUCAUCACGAGGUCAUUCCUGUACUUUUCGUUGGACGUGGCAGUAAUAAAAUCGAAAUGUUUCAUGUCCAGUCUGCAACAAAAAUGGGCGAAACACUUGUGAAUAGUGAAAAGGCGACAAACUUGGCUUCAAUUCUCCUUAUUGAUGAACAUGGCAAACGUAUUGAAUUACCUGGACGCGACUGGAAUGAGGCCGAAGGAUCUAAGCCUCCUGUGUCGUUAGAUAAGGUGAUGCCAGAGGUCUCAGAAAGUUCAGAAAUCGUCACUCACACACAUUCUCCUGAUGCGGAUUUUGAACUGACGCAUCAGCUCUUGACGGAAGCAAGAAGCGAACAAUUGAAGACGAAGGGUCUGAGCUGGAGCCCAUGUGAUCACGUUUACGUGACAGCUCCUCCAGGCUCACUUGGUUUACAUCUUUGUAUGGAGGUAAAGCAACACGCAGUAGUUCAGGAGUAUGCAGAGGAUAGUCAUACCUCAGCGUUACUACGGGAAAACGGAGUUCGCAUAGGUCACACACUGAUAGAGAUCAACGGCGUAGACGUGUCGCUGUUUGAUCGUGAUGCAGUGUGCAGGGUGCUUGAAAAGCUGCAAGAGCGGGAAAAACGACUUGUGUUCGCUCACGGUUUCGGCGAGAUAUCCAAGAGCGUCGACACGAAUACAUUCAAUAGUCAGGCUGAAGAUUCAACGUGCGCUGCUGCGAUUGAAGGACCUCGUUUUCUAGUCUGUGCUUGUGGUCGAAUGCUUCACAUUUUCCAAGCGAUAGUCCCUCAAGCAGCAGAAAUGGCAAGGGGGCCAAAGGAUUGCCCGAUUCAACCACUGACGAGUAUGGAGCUCCAGGGACCUGUGGUUGCCAUGUCGGUUGUCAGAGUUCCAGUGGGUGAAACGAUCGAAAAUUGUCUGACAGUCGUUGAUCAGAGCAAUCGAGUGUAUAUUUUGUCAUUGCCUUCGCUACACUUGAUUUAUGACACUGAGUGCACCAACCUGGUGAGUCGACUCGUCGGUAUUUCGUUUGGUGGAGAAGUUAUUGUUGCCAACACCUUUGGGGAAAUUGAACGGUACUCUUUGUUCGCGGAGGCUACGGCUAUGGAAAGCGCAGUGCUUGAGCGCAAUCCUGUUAAGACGCGUCUACAUCGACCUGAAUGUCAAAAUAUCCUGAAACAAGCAAUAACAGCGACAAUUUCAAAUAGCAAAAAACGAGGCAUGGGGGCUGAUGCUAGUAAGAUGUUCAAAAAACUAGUUCUUAGCGUGACUCAAGACGCCAAAGACCUAAAUCAAAUAUUUCACUUCUCAACUGAAGCGGAAGAGCGCAAGCAACUGCUAGGAGAUCGCUCUGCAAUAGUUAACGAUGACACCGCGAAGACUGAACUAGGAUUGAGUGGUACAAAAGAUUCGCUCAUGCAGGCACAACAGCGGCUGGUAGAACGGGGGGAGAAGUUGAACGAUCUUGGACUGAAGACGGAGCAAAUGAAGAAAACAUCUGAGGAAUUUUACCAAACGAUGAAGGCUUUUAACGAGAAGAAUGCUAACAAAAAAUGGUACGAAUUUUAA